GCAACCCAUGGAAAGUCAUUUCCAACAGCUGUGUCUGUGGAAGGUGCUUGGAAAAUUGUGGUUUUUUGUGAAUUUUAUCGCCGAAAAGUGCAUUCUUGAGGAUUUUUCCUACACCACACUACUCUUUAUUAUCUUCUACACCUGUGAUCGUUGAAUACUUCACCCUAGAUCAUGCCACGAGGAAAAUACGUCAACCACAAAGGGCGCAGUCGUCACUUUACCAGUCCGGAAGAGCUGGAGGAGGAGCGCCUGAAGGAGCAGAAGAAGAAGAAGGGCGGCAGCGACAGUGACAGUGCUGAGGAGGAGGAGGAAGACCAGGAAUCCGGCGGCGACGAGGAUGGCGAGGAGGAGGAGGAGGAGUCUGAUGACGAGGACGAGAAGCCUAAGGGUGUCUCAGGGCUCAUUGAAAUCGAGAAUCCAAAUCGCGUGACGAAGAAAGUGAGCCAGAAGGUCGAGAGGAUGAGCCUGGAGGAGGGUGGCUCGAAGCCGGAACUCACGAGGCGCGAGCAGGAGCAGAUCCAGAAGGAGAAGGCCAGGCGUCAGUACAUGAAGCUGCACGCUGAGGGGAAGACUAAGCAAGCGCGCGAGGACUUGGCGCGUCUGGCCAUCAUCAAGCAGCACAGAGCUGAGGCAGCGGCCAGGAGGGAGCAGGAGAAGAAGGAGAAAGAAGAGGCGAGGAAGAAGGCGUCGGCUUGAGCAUGGCCAGUAAGAUUGGCCGACACACAAGAAUCCUCCGGAUGAGAUUCCUAAUGGAUUUUAAUCACUCUUCCGCCACCAUGAGAGCAAAAAGCUAUACUGGAAUUUUGUUUAUAAAUUAAAUAAAAAAUGGAUGUGUUUCUAUAGAGAAAAUAAAGAUUCACCGCGAAAAUCUUCCGAA